GGUUUAGUUUUUUAACAUAUAAACAUGUUCAUUUACGAUGUUUUGCAUAAAGAAACAGUGUAUCAUUCCAUUGUUAGCGAUCUUCGUAAUUAUGGUGUUAAGUAUCGGUUCAAAAAGAGUAUGAUUAAAACUGAAAAAGUUGAGGGAAUUAAGCAUAUUUCGAAGAAAGUUUUCAAAACUCCUUUAUCGUAUCAUCCGUUGGAUGUUGUGAAUUUGUCUUCGGGUGGUAUUGUACAUGUACCGGUUUUCGUCAGUGAAGUAUCAACAUUCUUGGAGAACCACAUCACUCAAGAAGGCUUAUUCAGAAAAGCGGGAUCGCAGCUUCGACAAAAAGAAUUAAUAGGUCGCUUGGAUAAUGGCGGAACAUUGGGAGAGAAACAUAAUGCAAUUGACGUAGCAAAUUGCCUGAAGACCUUCUUUAGAGACUUGCCAGAACCAUUGAUCCCCUUUUCUUAUCACGAUUUGUUCGUACACUGUGCCAUGCUUAAAGCUUAUCGUGUACAAGCAUUAUUACUGGCUUGUAUUCUUUUACCGCCGCAUCAUCUUAAUACUCUGGCAUUUUUUAUGGAGUUCUUGAGGAAGGUAUCACUGUACGAGAAACAAAAUAAAAUGAGCAUCGAUAAUUUAGCGAAAGUUGUUGGACCAAAUAUAAUGCCUUUGCAAGAAACAACCAUGUCAGCUGUCCAAAUGCGUCUUGAAUUACAUUUCAUUGUUGUCAAAAUAUUAAUUGAGAAUGCAGAAGAUAUCGGUGUGUUACCAGAUCAUAUAGUCCAAGCUAUUUCUAUGGAAACGAUUGGAAGCAUGGACAAUGAAUUGGAUGUGUCUGAUUUACGCUCUAAAUCAAGAAAAAAGAAACACCGCAGUGGAAGUCUUACACGUAAGCCACAUCUAAGUGCCUCCAACCUUAAUCUAAGAAUGUUUAAUGGUUUAAAAAAGAUUGUUGGCAAAGGUGCAGUACCCGAUGAUUGUAAUACAUCUGAUAAUCAGCGACUUCCUGAAAACUGUGAUUUGUUACAAGCAUCGAGUACUAAAUCUACGAAGAAGAGGAAAGGUAUCGAACGCUUAGAUCCCUCGAGUACAAAGAAAAAAAGAGUUGUAGAUAAAGUAGAUAAAUCUAAAAAAAUGAGACUUAGUCUGGAUCGAUUUGUACCAAGAAAGACAAAACCUAUCGACGAAGAUCCAGAAUUAUGUACAAAUACUUUUGAUACAUACAGUGAACGACGCUGGAGCUCUGUUUCUAAUACAUGUGAUUCAAAAAAGAAAUAUAGAACAUAUAGUGACGAUACACCGCAAUUAAAAUUUAUUUUGAAAGACAGCGAAGUAACAAACGAACUCCACAGAGAAUAUAAUAAUAUGUUCAUUGAUGCGGAUGUUAAUUUAUCAGAUGAUAGUGACAAGCAGGUCUUGUUAACAAAGAAAGAUGAUAUUAAUAUUACUAAAUGUCAAAAGCACCUAAAUUCCAGUUCAGAGGAAUUGAAAAUUUUAAAUAAUUUUGAUCAAAUGCGGUUAUACCCGUUAAAACGAAGAUUGACAUUAAAUAAUUUCGAAACAUAUUCACACGUAGAAGUAACAUCUAUGGGCAAUCAAUCUGAGGAAUAUGUUACAAUACCUAAAAGUGAAUAUGAAGAAAUUAAAAACAGAGUUUCGGCAAUAGAAUCCCGACUAUCUCAAGAGUUCGGUUGCGUAAGUAAUGAGGAAAAUGAGGGUUUGUCACACUCCGCGAACAAAGUACAAACUGUAUAUGAAAAAACUUUGGAAGAAGCUAGUAUUGAAAGUACAGCAACAACAGAUUAUUUGGCUAGGAAGCUUGGAAAGGAGCUCAAAAUAAGAAGAUCGGGUGAACAUAAAAUUAUAAGAUCUCCUAGUGCUCGAAAGAUAGGUAGUUUAAGGAGACGAUCGCAAGACAGGAUUAUGAGUAAACGCGUUAGACGAACUGCUUCAUGGCAUAUUUCUCAUGAAUCGGAUUUACAAUCACAAAUACAAUCUAAUAAUGGAUUGAAUAACGGUUAUGCUCAUAGCAGAAAGGCACUGUCGUCAAAUUGCACUAAGGAUGACGCCUAUAUAAGACCUGUAUCGACUUCUUUUUGGGAAGAAGAAAAAAAUAAAGCCAUACUGAAUAAUGUAUGCAAUGAAUUCAGAAAUACAAACAUAUAUCCAGGAAAACACGAUAUAAACUCUACUGAACCUGAAACACUGCAACCAAUAAAAAAUCGAACAUCGGCAACAGUGCGACGUGUGUCAUCUUUUCAUGGUAACGAGCUUACAAAUUCAGCGAUGUUUUCUGAUGAAAAAGUUGAGAAAUUGAAAAAAACAAACAGCCAGCGAGAUAUUAUUUUAAAUAACACGCAUACGGCUGUAACGACUCCCAAAUCUGACUGGAAGAAAUCGACUAUGCCCUGGAAAGAUGCCGAGGGAUAUUUUAAAUCAAAAAAUCAAACGACUACCCCGGUUAUUCAAACUGGACGGCCGUCCAUUGCAAAAUUAAGAACUCAGAAUGCGGGAAUGGUAUUAGCCAAGGCUAAAUUGUUUGACGAACGUACAACAAAGGGGCAUACGCAAAAUUCCGUUUCAAAUAAAAAAAACAAUGGGUCGAGUAUAAAUAACGAUCAGUUCGCAAACGUUCUAAACCAAUGUUGCGAAAGUAUCGAAUUGUGUCGAAAAUCGAGUAAAAGUAUGAAAAGCAAGAGUCCAAAGUUGAUAUCUAAAAAUUCUUCUUCCCAUGUUACUUUAGAAGCUGCUGCUUCAAAUUUAAAUCGUCAAGAUACUGAUUUCUGUUAUUGUAUUUCUCAAGACUCCGAUGUAAAUGUUUCUAGUCCGUCGCAAGUAACUACGAAUAGGCAACUUAAUGGUGCAUCUGAUUUAGAACUUUAUCAGAAGGAGAAUAUGAAUGUAGAAAACUCGGUUUUAGUUAAAAAAGUGCCUAUUAAUACAACAUCGCAUGAAUCAAGGUUAAGUAUGUACCAAGUGGAUGGCAGUACAUUAUGUAGAACUCCGCAUAUUAAAAAACCAUUAACUGUGAAAACACCUAAAAGUGCUAAGACAUUGGGGAGAAAAUCCAAUGCAGAUUCCCGUAGAACACCUCUGAAGGCUGUUAGUCAAUUAGGAACACCGAAAUAUCAAAAUCCUAAAGGUAUUUUGAAAACAACUAGGAGUGCUAGUAGACAUAUUUAAUCCGACGUUGUACAAAUCUGUGAAAAAUGUGUUCAAAUAGUUGCCGGAAGCUUUCAAGAUUUUAAACAUUUACGAAUUCUGUUUUACAUCACA